AGCUCGGUGGGGGCGGAGCUUGAAGUCGGGGGCCCGGAGCGGGUCGCCGGGUCCGAGGGCGAGGGCGCUGCACGGGGCGCCUUCAGUCCGGCGGGAGCGCCCGGGAGCCCGGCGCCGGACCCUGGAGCCCGCCCCGCGCGGUCCCCUUGGGGCGAGGCGCUUGUGGCGGGGCGCGGGGUCCCGGACGCGCACGGGCCGGAGGACAGUGUGGGGAGCGGCACCGGACUGGCUGCCGUGUUGCCUCUCCCGCACCGGGGAGCUGUCUGGCUGCGCCCCCAGUUGAGUGAGGCUAAGCCCUGCUGUCGGGGGUACCCGGUUCUUUCCGGGAAGCCUGGGGGGCAGGGCACUCUGCCGGAGGGAAGGACGAGCUGACCGGGCACCUGCCCCUCCGAGACGGAAGGAGCCUGCCUGGGUGUGACCCUAUCGGCGGACGAACAGCUUCUGUGUUACUUCGUGGGUGGUCCAUCCACAGGUCUGCAAUCUGUGCUCGGAGUCAGCAGAACUCACCGUGAAAGUGAUGCGUUUUCUCCAGUUGCACAAAAUGAGCGUGCAUUGGUUAGCCAGACCAGGAGCUCAGCCUCGUGUAGAGUCCAGCCUACUGUUCUGAUGCGGAAGGGGAGGCAGAAAGUGCCACAUUUGGAUGCCCCUCUGGGCCUGCCCACUUGCCUCUGGCUGGAAUUAGCUGGACUCUUCUUACUGGUUCCCUGGGUCAUGGGCCUGGCAGGGACAGGUGGGCCUGAGGCCCAGAGCCCAGGGGCGCUGAGUUGGGCUGUACAUCUGGGCAACCUGGAAGGCAAGGGGCAGGAGGAGACUCUGGAGCAAAAGGCAGAUGCCUUGGCCCAGGCAGCAGGACUGGUGAAUGCUGGGCGCAUCGGGGAGCUCCAGGGGCACUACCUCUUUGUCCAACCAGCUGGGCACCAGUCAGACCAGCAGGUAGAGGCCAUCCGGCAGCGGGCGGAGGCCGUGUUAGCCAGACAUGAAGCUGUGCACUGGCACUCAGAGCAGAAGCUGCUAAAGCGAGCCAAGCGCAGCGUCCACUUCAAUGACCCCAAAUACCCACAGCAGUGGCACCUGAAUAACCGGCGGAGCCCCGGCAGGGACAUCAACGUGACAGGUGUAUGGGAACGCAACGUGACGGGGCGAGGGGUGACUGUGGUGGUAGUGGAUGACGGAGUGGAACACACCAUCCAGGAUAUUGCACCCAACUAUAGCCCUGAGGGCAGCUAUGACCUCAACUCUAAUGACCCUGACCCCAUGCCCCACCCGGAUGAGGAGAAUGGCAACCAUCAUGGCACUCGAUGUGCGGGAGAGAUUGCUGCGGUGCCUAACAACAGCUUCUGCGCAGUGGGAGUGGCAUAUGGGAGCCGCAUAGCAGGUAUCCGGUUACUAGAUGGACCCCUGACAGACAGCAUGGAGGCUGUGGCGUUCAACAAGCACUAUCAGAUCAAUGACAUCUACAGUUGCAGCUGGGGCCCAGAUGAUGACGGGAAGACAGUGGAUGGCCCUCAUCAGCUUGGAAAGGUACCUGACCUACAGGAAGCCUGGAGGAGACCCAGGGCACACUCUCCGUUCAGUUGUAGGACACUGCAGGCCGCCUUGCAGCAUGGGGUGAUCGCUGGCCGCCAGGGCUUCGGGAGCAUUUUUGUGGUGGCGAGUGGCAAUGGCGGCCAGCACAACGACAACUGCAACUAUGACGGCUACGCCAACUCCAUCUACACGGUCACCAUAGGUGCUGUGGAUGAGGACGGACGGAUGCCAUUCUACGCCGAGGAGUGUGCGUCCAUGCUGGCGGUCACCUUCAGCGGCGGGGACAAGAUGCUCCGGAGCAUUGUGACCACUGACUGGGACCUUCAGAAGGGCACAGGCUGCACUGAGGGCCACACAGGCACCUCAGCCGCAGCCCCUCUGGCAGCCGGCAUGAUAGCCCUCAUGCUGCAGGUGCGGCCCUGCCUCACCUGGCGUGAUGUCCAGCACAUCAUUGUCUUCACAGCCACCCAGUACGAGGAUCGCCGUGCAGACUGGGUCACCAACGAGGCAGGCUUCAGCCAUAGCCACCAGCACGGAUUCGGCCUGCUCAAGGCUUGGAGACUCGUUAACGCAGCCAAGAUCUGGACAUCUGUCCCCUACUUAGCAUCCUACGUCAGCCCUGUGUUAAAGGAGAACAAGGCGAUCCCGCUGUCCCCCCGCUCCCUGGAGGUGCUGUGGAAUGUCAGCAGGACGGACCUGGAGAUGUCGGGGCUGCAGACCUUGGAGCACGUGGCCGUGACGGUCUCCAUCACUCACCCGCGUCGUGGCAGCUUGGAGCUGCAGCUCUUCUGCCCCAGCGGCAUGAUGUCCCUCAUCGGCGCCCCCCGCAGCAUGGACUCGGACCCCAGCGGCUUCGAGGACUGGACCUUCUCCACUGUGCGCUGCUGGGGGGAGAGGGCGCGAGGGCCUUACAGACUCGUGGUCAGGGAUGUAGGAGAUGAGGCGCUCCCGGCCGGCACCCUCCGGCAAUGGCAGCUGACCCUGUAUGGCUCUGCGUGGAGUCCGGUGGACAUCAGAGACCGACAGAGACUCUUAGAUGAUGCCAUGAGUGGAAAAUACCUGCAUGACGGCUUCACUCUGCCCUGCCCUCCUGGGCUCAAAAUUCCCGAGGAAGUUGGUUACACCAUCACUCCUAACACCCUCAAGACCCUGGUGCUGGUCGGCUGUUUUGCCGCCUUCUGGACUGUGUACUACGUGCUGGAAGUCUACUUGAGCCAGAGGAAUGUGGCCUCUCACCCGGUUUGUCGGAGUGGACCCUGCCUCGGGCCCCAAAGAAGCCGAAAAGCCAGGGAGGAGGGGGCCGAACUGGAGUCAGUGCCACUUUGCAGCAGCAAGGACCCUGGGGGAGUGGAGGCGGAGGCCGCAGGCCCUCUCAUCGCUGCGGAUGACCCGGCCCCAGGCCUGCAGGGCAGGGAGGAACAGAUGUGCUGACCGCCAGCAGCUCAGCCUGGCACAGGCCCUUCCUCCCAAGUCCCGGGAGCCCUGGGAGCAGGCGCCCCUGAUCUGACUGCGCUCAGGGAGGCACGGCUUUCCAGGGGCGCGGGAGGAGCGUACAGAGAACUGGCAGCAGAACAGGACCUCCCUGAACCGGCAGCUUCGGGUGAGAAGGACCAGAUGGGAUUGGCGUCCCUUCCGGGCCGGCCUCCGUCCUCAUUUCCCCUGGCCAGUGGUGCGGCCACGGACCCUCGCCCGCCUGUGCAGGCGUGAGAAGGGGCCUGCCGCACCCAGAAGAGCGUCCCAGCGGAAUCAUCCCUGGUCACUUGGGAAGAGGGCGCAGAGGUGGGGACUGGAAGGGCCGGGAAUAUCCUGUCCUCAGGACCCAGGACCCGGAGCCAGCAGACUGUCCUCCCCUUCCCGCCUCAGCCUUGGACCUUGGACAUACGGGUGUGGCUGUGGUCCCUCCGCCCGGUACGUGGCCCUCAAGCCAUGGCCUCAGUCUCCCUAAUCAGAAGCCACCCCGAACCCCCGACUCCCUCACCAUCCCCACCUUUCAUCCUGAAGGGUCAGGACGAUGCUCCUGGCCAAGCCGGGAGGGCCUGGCCCGGCUGCUGCUUCCAGGGGCGUCUGCACAGGACUGGGACGGGUGCGGCCACUGCCACCCAGCCCAGCGCCCUGUCCUCCUCGGAAAGUGCUCAGGGAACGGCCUUGCCCCAAGGCCAGCUGUCUGCCAGCAGCUCUGACUCCCUUCUUGGCUCCCCCUCUUCUGAGCUGGUUGGCUGACUCAUUUUUUUAACAUUUAAGGUUUCAUUUCCUCCUGUCACAGCAACUUUUGUGGAGUUUUUUCUGCACAGCUUUUCCAAAUAAAAAACUUCCACAUAA